AUGGAGAUUCCUACUGUCGCUAUGAGUAACGUUAUCAAGCUUGAUACACUAGACCUGAUGCUUUGUAGUGGUUACCUAUGUUCUGUGCUAUUUGUGGGUCUUUUUUUUACUUUUCGAGAGCAACGUGCGCGUGAAAAGCUUCGUCUAAUACGUCUGCAUCAUCAGGCUUUGAUGAAUGCCGGAGCACGAGACGUCAAGCGUCUUGAGAAUACGUCUCAAAGCCUUGAACCAGUCAAUAACAAUCACAUACUAGAGGAUUAUUACCUUGGUGGACGGUCUAUUCCUUGGAUUGCAUUAGCAGUGGCUGAUGUGAGCUCGUACAUUGAUAUUUCGGGUACUAUGAUUAAUACGGCACUGGUCUACGCACUAGGUGUUAAAGGCAUGUACAUUGAAAUCCGUGGUGGUUUAUGUUUGUUCUUGGCUUUUCAAUUGGCCUACACAGGAAAGCUAUCGCGUCGCUGCCCAGUCAAAACGAGAGGAGAAUGGAUUAAAUUUCGGUUUGGAAAGCGCCUUGAUGCUGUACUGCUUCGAACGACAAUUGCCAUUACAUCCUUGUCAAGUGGCAUUUUUGCGACCACGUACUUUGCUGUGGGUGGAGGAAAAUUCUUCACGGAAUUCGUGAAGCUCCCCGAGUGGGGCGGACUACCGUCUGAGUUUUGGGCCGCGUCGAUCUUGAUGGCUGUGGCAAUGUUGUACACCGUCGCGUCUGGAUUCUCAACUGUUGUAUACACCGAUGUGUAUCAGAGUAUUUUCAUCUUCAUCUCUUUCAUUGUUAUUGCGGUAAUGGGCUUCAUGGUACAGCUACCGGAUCAGUUCUCAGUAUUCCUUUUGGAGAAAACGGUACGUGCUGAACCAGAGUACAUUGAAGUGAGCACCACACGAAGCGCGUGGGUGUCGGCUGUGCCGCCAAAUUCUUUGGGAUUACCCAACGAUGCCUCCUUCUCCAUGUACAACUCCUUCAGUCUCAUCUUGGCAUCAUAUUCAUUGAUACAAAUGAUGCGAUCGGCAUCCGGACCUGGUGGUUCUGGACUGCAGACCGUUCUCGCUACCAAGUCGGAGCGCGAUGUGCAAUCGCAAACAUUCUUGGCCAUGGUGUUCCUGAGUCUACGCUGGGCCUUCAGUGGCGGCAUUGCCGUGAUGGGUAUCCACUAUUCAAUGCAGCAUGCUGGGGUGAUGAUUGAACCGGAACGUGUGGUGCCGAUUGUGAUUGACAAGGUGUUGCCUGUUGGUGCAAAAGGGUUUAUAUUGGCAUCACUAUUGGCAGCAGCGCUUACUACCUUCGAUACAACUAUCAACAGCUCGUCAUCAUACUGGACCGUGGAUAUCUAUCAGGCUCUCAUCAAUCCGAAAGCGUCUGAGCGACAACUGUUGUGGCAUGCUCGACUGUCAUCAGUUUUCGUGAUGCUGGCUGGUCUCUUGCUGUCGCUGGACGUGAGCACCAUCAAUCGUAUUUGGGGCUUUAUGACUAUCGCUAUGGCGGGUGGCCUCAUCUGGCCCUUCUUUUUUUCAUGGUACUGGGCUCGCUUUAAUGCGCUCAGCUGUCUUCUGGGGGUCGCUUCGGGCUACAUCACUGCGAUUGCUGUGUUCAUCUUUGCACCAUUGCUUGUAGAGUUCAGGGCUUUCAUAAUUACAUCUUCAGUGUCCGGGAUCAUCUCCGUUGCGGUCUGUUUGUUAACGCGGCCCAAGCCCGAUAAGCUGCUUCGGCGGUUCUACCGUUAUGCACGACCACCGGGUGCCUGGCACAGAAUCAAGCACGUUUGCUUUACGCAAGAGGUGAUCUCAGAAAUUGACGCGGAAAACCAUGCCGACUUGGCAUGCACAGGACUGAUUGUCGUCGCUCAAUUGGCACUGUAUGUUUUGGCGGUGAGUGUUGUGGCCAAGGCGUGGAUCCAGAGCCUCGUGCUUGCGACUGUCCUCGUCAUCACCUUACCGCUCAUUUAUUCGAAGUGGUAUGUGAAGCUGAACGAUCAUCCUGUUGGUCUCCGCAAAGACGGCUCAAACAUGUCACUGCUACGCUCUGCUUAA